AUGGGGCCUCCGGCCAGCUAUGGCGUCUACGGCAACAUGCAGGGCAUGGCCAGUGGAGGCGGCAUUCCCCAGGUGGGGGAGUACGAUCUGCCGCAGGAGCCCGCGAUGUCGAUGCCAGCGACCUGGACAAGAUCUCCGCCCAUCACCACCCGAUCGACGCGGUCUUCCUUCGGCCCGUCCGAGGUCGUCAAGCACGUGGAGCGAAAGAAGGUGGAGUACCACACCAUCCUCCGCGAGCAGCCGCAGGUCGAGGUGGUGGAGAAGCAUGUGGACGUCCCACGCAUAGAGGUGCGCGAGCGCUUGGAGGAAGUGCCACUGACCCUGAUCCACGAGACCUUAGUCGAGGUCCCAGAUGUCCGGCAGGAUGAGAUCAUCCGAGAGGUUCCGAAAGUGAAUUACCAAGAGCUGGUCAAGCAGAUCGAGCUACCCGUGACCCAGUCGCGCGAGCGUGUCCUGGAGGUCCCGAUGACGCUGGUCCAGGAGGCCUUUGUGGAGAUUCCUCGGUAUGAGCGCGUGGAAGUCCAGAAGCAGGUGGCCAAACCUACAGUGAAGAAGGUUCCGAAGCACGUGGAGAAGCCGGUGGUGCAGGUUCGGGAGCGCACGCAGCAAGUUCCCAGCAUCACGAUGAAGCAGGAGCUCGUGGAGGUGCCUCGACCCGAGUUCAUGGAGCUGAUCAAGCAAGUUCCGGUGGAGGAGGUGAGGCAGAUCGAGAGGAAGGUGGAGCGACCCCAGGCACAGAUUGUGGAGAGGCCGGUCGAGGUGGUCCUUCAUGAGGUCCACGACAGCAUUGUGGAGGUGCCGGAGAUCGAGUUCCAUGAAGUCAUCAAGGAGGUGCCCCGUGUGGAGGUUCAGUACGUGGACAAGAAGGUGGAGGUGCACAAGAUCGAGUACAUCGAGAAGGUGGUGGAAGUGCCACAAGUUAUCUACGAGGAGCGUAUCAUCGAAGUUCCAGAAGUGGAGUACCGGGAGGUCAUCAAGCAGGUGCCAAAGCCCGUCGUGCAGUAUGUGGACAAGGAGGUGCCGAAGCAUACCAUGCAGUACUUCGAGAAGGUCACCGAAGUCCCGACGGUGAUUCAUCAAGAGGUGCCUGUGGAGGUGCCCGAGGUCCACACCGUGGAGACCAUCACGGAGGUCCCGCGCCCGCAGUAUCAGGCGGUGCCGAAGGAGAUACCCAAGUUCCACAUCGAAGUGCAGGAGAAGGUUGAGCCACUGCAUGGCAUUCUCCAGGAGGAGCGCAUCUUGCAAGUGGACCGACACGAGCUUGUCGAGGUCGUGCGCGAGGUAGCGAAGCCGGUCGUGGAGUACGUGCACAAAGAGGUCCCGCGUUACGAGACGCGCGCCGUGGAGAAGGUUGUCGAGGUUCCGACCGUGAUGCACCAGGAGGUCAUCGUGGAGGUGCCUGAGAUCCAGGUCGCCGAGGCAAUCAAGGAGAUGCCGAACGAGAUGACGCAGCAGGCCGUGAAAGAAAUCCCGAGGUAUGAGAUGGAGUAUGUGCAGAAGGAGCUCCAAGUCACGGGGACGCUGCCCAGCGCGACUCAGCAGACCCACGCGGUGCCAAGCGGGAUGAGCUCCCCGCGAAUGUACGGCAGGGCUACGCCGCCCAUGAUGGGCCCACCAUUGGUCGGGCCUGCCGUGGCGAUGGGGCCGCCCAUUCGAGGUCCUCCUGUGAGUGCCCCAACCACUGGCCUAUCGGUGGCCUCCGGACCAAUGGUUUCCGGACCUCCCAUGGUCUCCGGACCUCCCAUGGUCUCCGGACCUCCCAUGGUUUCCGGACCUCCCAUGAUUUCCGGACCUCCCAUGGUUUCCGGACCCCCCAUGCCCAUGGGCGCCACAGGCCAGGCUAUGGCCACCGGCGUUGUGACGACAGGUGCCGCGAUGACCACCGGAAUGUCCGUGGCCUCAGGGCCUCAGGGAGCCAUGGGGGCUUCGGUGGCAUCCGGGACUGUCACGGUUGGCCCGCCUGUAGCCAUGGGGCCCCCGAUCCAGGUCGGGCCUGGUGUGGCGGUGACCGGGCCAGUUCGGACGGCUUCUCAGCCCGCGGUGGUGUCGCCGUUGCCGACCUACACGGGAAGGACCAGUGUGGUGGCCACGCAGGGGCAGAUGGGAGCUGGAGCCAUGAUGUAUGCCGGGAGGCCCUCGACGGUCACGACAACGGGGCAGAUGGGCGUUGCAACCACGAAUCUCGUGCAGACGGCCACAUCCUUUCCCACGCAGACGCCUGCGGGAUCGCAGUCGGCGAUGGACUUCUUUGACCAGCUUGACGCGAACCACGAUGGCGUGGUCUCCCGCGAGGAGUUCCAAAGGCUCAUGCAGGUGGCCUAUAUGGACCGCCCGAAGGCUCGAAGCAGGUGA